AUGGAUCGUGUCGGUAAUUUGUUGAAGUAUGCAGCGAUUACCGGCAUCGCAUGUUCAGCCGGAGGAUUAUACAUACAAAGUAAAAUACGCGAUAACAUGAAGAAAGGCAAUUACUAUUCGGACUCGUUAAAGUUGCUCCGACAACAUACCGGUGCCGUCGAUUUGCUAGGACAACCUAUAAAAGCCGGAAAGAUGGAUUUAGGAGACGAAGAAAAUUACUUAGAUGGACUGAAAACUACUUUAAAAGUGCCAGUGAAAGGUCCCAAAGAGAAAGGACAUUUAUUCAUUUGGGCCGACAGGCAAAAACCGGGAGAUAUUUGGACCGUACAGCGUUUGGAAUUAUCUCUCAACAAAAUUGCAGACAGUCGCCUUCUCAUUUUCGAUAAAUCAAGAGAGGAGGAUGUAAAGAAACAAGAGGAAGAAUGUAUAUAUUGCAAAUAG